GAAAGUCUUUUACUACACUUGCAUGUCAUUGCAACCAGUUCGAACCAGCUGUCUGUCUUGGCGUGCCUCCUCGAGCAGCUAACCUUAUCAGCUCGUUCAGGUAAUCCUUAUCACCUCGAUUCGACAUAUCUACAAACAUCUGCGAAGUGCCGAUGGUCAGUGGUGGUGCCAGUGCAGAGAUAAAAACGCGUCUCGAGCACGCGCUUGUUUGGGUUAUCUGUGGCCGCAGGAUGAUGAUGAUGCCAAUGAUGACUUUGAUGAUGUCCGAAUCCCAAUCAAUCAAACCUUCGGCUAAAAUAGCUACUUGUGCUAUUAUCGUGAAUAUUUCAGCAGAAACAUUGGCUCAUUUAUAAUUGUGAGGUGAUAGUGACUGGACGUUGGCGAGAAUUCGCAAAGGCCUUCGGCAAUCGAUAUUGAAAUCAAUGAUCUAAGGGGACUGGCAUUCUCGUGAAAACUGACCAUGGGUGUCUGGGAAAGUAUUAAGGACUUUGGAAAGUAUUCCAAUCAAUAUUUGGCGGCGUUCUCAGUCACUCUCCUUACACUCUCUGUUAUCGCAUCUUACGGUUGGACGUCACCAACACUGCCGAUACUACAAGCGGAUGAUUCACCUUUACCCAUCACCUCAGAUGAAGGUUCAUGGAUUGUAUCGAUUUUGGUGCUUGCGUCUAUUGCCGGUCCCAUACCAACGGCAUGGUCCAUCGACAAAUUUGGUCGCAAGUACACCAUGCUUUUCGCGGCCAUCCCAGCCAUCAUUGCAUGGAUUCUGAUCGGUGUUGCUGACUCCGUACCCGUUUUGUACGUUUCUCGAUUUCUCAGUGGGAUUUCCUAUGGAAUGUCAUAUUCUUCGAUGCCAAUAUAUCUAGGUGAGAUAGCUUCAGAUCCAAUCAGAGGAUCCAUCGGAACGCUGUUAACUGUUAUGGCCAAGGCAGGUAUUCUCAUAGAAUACAGUAUCGGACCGUUUGUUGGUUUUAGGACGCUCGCGUGGAUUUCACUAGCAUUUCCAACAUCAUUCUUCUUGCUGUUUAUGUGGAUGCCAGAAUCACCGUACUAUUUACUGUCACAAAACAAAGAUGAAUCUGCAGAGAAAAGCCUUAGUUGGCUGCGUAAGCGUGACCAAGUUACUGAUGAACUAGCUAUGAUGAAAGCAGCUGUUGAACGAUCAAAACAGAACAAAGGUACGUUCCGUGAACUGCUCACACGAGGCAACGCACGUUCAUUGAUAAUCGUGCUUGGAUUGGGAGCUCUACAGCAACUCUGUGGAAGUCAAGCGGUGAUUGCCUACUCACAGCAAAUCUUCGAAGAAGUACAAAGUGGUUUGAAAGCUCACGAAUCAUCGAUCAUUAUGGCUGUUAUCCAGUUAAUUACGGCAGCAUGCUCUUCCUCUAUCGUGGAUCGAGUUGGUAGAAGACCACUUUUGCUUAUAUCAACAGCUGGCUGUGCUGUUGGAACAUUCAUUGUAGGGCUAUAUUUCUUCCUACAACAACAAGGCGUUGAAGUUCAAGGCGUUAGCUGGAUCCCAUUAGUAGUUAUGAUGCUGUACAUUAUUGCCUACACAAUCGGUUUGGCGACGGUUCCGUUCGCAAUCUUGGGUGAGCUGUUUCCGUCGAACGUUAAGGCCGUAGCUGCUGCCAUGUACACGAUGGUCGCAUCCGCAAUUGGGUUUGGCGUAGCAAAACUGUAUCAAGUAAUUUCCGAUGAGCUUGGAACGUAUGUAUCGUUCUGGAUAUUUGCAGUGUCAUCGUCGCUAUUUCUAAUUUUCGUUUUCAUGAUGGUGCCCGAAACGAAAGGCAAGUCAUUGGACGAGAUUCUAGUGGAAAUGCGAGGUGGACAAAGCAGAAGCCUGAAAUGCGGUAGCUGUUGCGGUCGGAGGAAAUCCGUUAAACUCUAGGUUGUUUGUGAUUGAAGCGGAGUGAUUGUGUAGGAUAUUCUCAAUGUAGUUACAUAACAAUAGUGAUUUUUCAAUAAUAAAAAAUCCAAAGAAAUUGUAAUUAUGGUG